AUGGCGGGCCUGGGGUCACAGCGGGGCUGGCUGGCCUCUCGCUGGACGCCUCCGGCCUCCGACCAUCCUGGUGGCGCCGCCCCUCGCAGCUGGCCUGAGCCUCAGGUCCUGGCGUGGUCAGUGGAGGAACCGAUAGAUGAACAGGCUGUGAACAGUGUGGCCGUGGAGCAAGGGGUGGACAGGCAGUGGGCAGCGUGGCCGUGGAGUGAGGGGCAGACAGGUGGUGGACAGUGUGGCCGUGGAGUGAGGGGCAGACAGGUGGUGGACAGAGUGCCUGACUACAUCUGCCCACGGUGCGAGUCAGGCUUCAUCGAGGAGCUUCCAGAAGACACCAGGAACUCAGAAAACGGUUCUGCACCCUCCACAGCACCCACAGAUCAGAGCAGGCAGCCAUUUGAGAACGUGGACCAGCACCUCUUCACACUGCCACAGGGCUAUGGACAGUUCGCUUUUGGCAUCUUCGAUGACAGCUUUGAGAUUCCCACGUUCACCCCCGGGACCCAGCCUGAUGACAGCCGGGACCCCGAGAGCCGGCGGGACCGGGAACAUGCUUCCCGACACCGCUAUGGUGCCCGGCAGCCCCGUGCGCGCCUCACCGCCCGGCGCACCGCCAGCCGGCACGAGGGUGUCCCAACGCUGGAGGGGAUCAUCCAGCAGCUGGUCAACGGCAUCAUCACUCCUGCUACCAUCCCCAACCUGGGCCUGGGCCCCUGGGGCGUCCUGCACUCAAACCCCAUGGACUAUGCCUGGGGGGCCAACGGCUUGGAUGCCAUCAUCACGCAGCUCCUUAAUCAGUUUGAAAACACAGGCCCUCCACCAGCAGACAAAGAGAAAAUCGAGGCCCUCCCCACUGUCCCCGUCACAGAGGAGCACGUAGGCUCCGGGCUCGAGUGCCCAGUGUGCAAAGAUGACUAUGCCCUGGGGGAGAGUGUGCGCCAGCUGCCUUGCAACCAUCUCUUCCAUGAUGGCUGCAUCGUGCCCUGGCUGGAGCAGCACGACAGCUGCCCCGUCUGCCGGAAGAGCCUCACAGGACAGAACACGGCCACCAAUCCGCCAGGACUAACCAGGGUGAGCUUCUCCUCCUCGUCAUCAUCUUCUUCCUCCAGCUCACCUAGCAACGAGAACGCCACCAGUAACUCCUGA